GGAUAUUGUUUAGCAUUUUCCUUUUAUUUAUAGAAGUAAUUUCUAUGGAGAUCUAUAUUUCUAAUCAUAUAUUAAUAUAAAUAUUUAUAAUUCAAAUAAACGCGCAUGAUAUAUAUUCAUCAACGAUGCUAAAAUAGCUACAAGUCAGUAGGAAUCCAUAUAUUAGCAACAAGCUCAUGGUGACACGAAGUAGGAAGAAUUAGUCAAAACUAACACUAGUUCUAGUUUACAAGUUACUUAGUCCAUCAGUUUAUAAUAACUCUCUUGUAAUAGUUAGUCACCCUUAUCUCAGAUCUAUAUAUAGGACUCAUACACCAAUGUACUGUGAUUGAUACAGAAAUAAUGAAUCACUUUCCUUCUACAUUUCUAUCUCAUAUUAUUUAUCACUCCAUUUGUUUCAAAAUGAUUGAAAAAUAAUUUUCGAUCAUGCUAUCACAAGUAAUUUUACCUUACUCUAUUGUUAUUAUACACCAGACAACAAUCUUCACAAUGAUAAAUAAUUUUAUAACGUCACUAAUUUUAUACUAUAUAAUACUCACUACAAUAAAAAAAAAUAUCGCUGCAACGUCGCGACUCGUAGUACGCACGGGUAUUAUGCUAGUUAGGUAAUAACAAUGAUUAAACUUUAAAGAAAUGGCAACAAUUUAAAUGGCAGCAAAGAUUCCUUUGUAUGCGACGACCUGUUCUAUUUUCUCAACCACUCUCCCAUUCUCUCUCUCUCUCUCUCUCUCUCUCUCUCUCUCUCUUCCGGGUUUAUUCCAAAAUUUGAUUCUGCUUAGAUCCCAUAUUCUUCAUUGGUGGAUCCGUUUUUGUGUGCUUGGACAAAACGCUAUUCAAUCCUUAUAUACAUUCAUCUUCUUACCCUCUUCCACCAACUGUUUUUCCUCAAUAACAACAAUUCAAACUAAAUCACAACAAUUCCAAUGCAAUUCAACCACAAAAUGGGAUUUCAUGACUACAUCCAAGCACUUCAGGAAGAAAAGAAGAAAAUCCAAGUUUUCCCAAGAGACCUUCCUCUUUCUCUCGAACUUGUUACUCAAGCCAUUGAAAACUGUAAGCAACAAUUGUCUGGAAUAACAACAGAGUACAAUUUGAAUGGAGAAACAGAGUGUUCAGAGCAGACAUCGAUGGAAGAAGGUCGUGUUUUAGAGGAGUUUAUUCCUAUCAAGAAAAGAGCGUUAACACCUGAUUAUGAUGAAGAUGAUGAUGAUUAUGAUGAGCAACAUUCAUCACGUAAGAUGAAAUCUGAUUGGCUAACAUCCGUUCAGUUGUGGAAUCCCAGUCCACCACCUGCUAAAGAGGAAGUGCCUAGGAAAACAAAUGUUGUGGAAGUGAAGAGAAGUGGUGGUGCAUUUCAUCCAUUUCACAGAGAGGAAAUUGCUGCGGAAAAGGGUAAUGCAUCAGAAGCUUGUAAAGAAUCAACCACUUCACCACAAGUACCUGCUACAAGUUCUACUGAACCGGUUGUCGGAACCAGUAGCAAAAGAGAUGAUAAAGGACAGAGGAAGCAGCGUCGGUGCUGGUCACAGGAAUUGCAUAAGUGCUUCUUGCACGCUCUUCAACAACUCGGCGGUUCAGACACUGCCACGCCAAAACAGAUAAGAGAACUAAUGAAAGUUGAUGGCCUCACCAACGACGAAGUUAAAAGUCAUUUGCAGAAAUUUCGUCUGCACACAAGGAGGAGUCCGGUAAUUCACAACAAUGCGAAUACACAAUCAACUCCUAUGUUCCUGGUGGGGAACAUUUAUGUUCAACCACAAGUAGCUACCACCACAACAGUGUCAGGGGAAUCAGCCAAAAUUACUACUCCAACUGGAAUUUAUGCACCUGUGGCUAUACAUCCUCCAACUACAACCACAGUUAUAAAGCCAAAGUUUCAGAAAUUAGAGUUGAGUGAAAAUUCAAAUUCUGAAGAAAGGACUAAUCAUAGUGAAGGAAUUAUUGUUCAUUCUAACUCCCCUGCAUCAUCAUCUUCCACUCAUAACAUAACCGCUUCACCUCAUUGUUGAUUUGAUGUAAAAAUAAUUCAUUUUUGUAGCCAUGUUGUAGUAGAAAAUAUAAUUUAUCACUUAUGACUUUUCCUUUUACUUGCUUUCUGUGGACUUAGAUUAUAGAGGUGAAAAUAUAGUGAAAUAAAAGUGACAGUUUUGUAAGUAAAUAAAUCACAAUUCUAGUUCUAGCUAUGUUAGCAAACAAGUGAACUGAAAUUGUCAUUGUUUGAAUUUGAAAACAAUGAAAUUCGUUUUUUUA